UGGGGCUCGUCGCUUUUGGCCUAGUCCAAGACACGCGGUUGUGCCCGGCAUCUGACGUAACCUUGGUAACGACUAACCCUCGAGAUGCCUCCCUGGACCCAGUCGCCAGUCGCCAGCUGCUUCCCACAUGGACUCGAGACGCGCCAGAGCCUGUCUAGCCAUUGCAUGACUAUGCGACUUGCUGAGCACGGCCAGCCCGUCCUUGGGCACCGACCGCGUCGGCUUGGGUAGUGUCGCGUCGCUGAUUCGGGGCGACUCUUCUUCUUUUCCUGCCUUGACAACACCGCUGCUUGACUGCUACCCUGAUACCUGUCCGACAACACCCAUUGCGCCCCAUGGCUUCCUCGGACUGGCGAGCGAGCCUGGGCUUCACUGCUCGCCUGAUGGCUGUCACGAAAAUGACAUCAGCCUACCAGACAGCGGACCCAUCACUGUCUGCAGACGAUGCUCGUAAAAAUGCUACUGUAGCUGAGACGACCAUCUACGCAAACGCUACAUCUCUGGACGACUACGACAGACUUUGCAAUGAGAAGAUAACAACCCUUCCCAGACCGUCGCUCGACUUCCCAACACCAGAGGAUGAAGAUUAUGUCCCGACACCUGGUGGGAAGCCCAUUGGCAACUACCAAAAUGCACUCUACCAUCGUGAGGGACUCUUCUCUGUCAUUUACAAGGCACCUGCGCUGGGUGGUGAAAGCUACUUUCCAGCAGAGUCGCCUUCGAAGACCAAAGUCGUAGCGUUAAAGAUUACUACACCAUCAGUAAUGGAGCCUCCGCACGACUCACAGCGAGAGGCCAAGAUAUUAGCCAUGGCAGCGUCGGAGCGAGUCAUUCCACUGAUAGAAACCUUUCGUGAGAACGGAAGCCACUUCGUUCUGGUCUUCCCGUUCGUGCGCUACGACUUCAGCGACCUACUGCGGGACAAGAAGCUUUCCAAGAGCCAGAUCAAGUCGUGCUUGAAGGACCUCUUCGUUGGUCUCGCCGAUGUCCAUAGCAAAGGGAUUAUACAUCGCGAUGUCAAGCCUUCCAACAUACUCCUCAAGUCUCUCGAUGGGCCAGCAUACCUUUCUGACUUUGGUAUCGCAUGGGCGCCUGAAGUGCCAGGGUCAGAAUCCGCGGAUGCGAAGAUUACCGAUGUUGGCACUACCUGCUACCGACCCCCAGAGCUACUCUUUGGGAACCAAAAGUAUGGCUGUAGCUUGGACCUGUGGGCUGCUGGUUGUACAGUCGCUGAAGCUCUUGACCCCAGCCACGAGACGCUGUUCGACUCCGGAGAACUAGGAAGCGAUUUGGCCUUGAUACAGAGCGUGUUCAAGAAGCUCGGAACCCCGAACCUAGAUGUCUGGCCGGAGGCUGCAAGUUUCCGUGACUGGGGCAAGGUGCAAUUCUACGAAUACCCAACACAGGACUGGUCGGUCUUGCUGCCAAACCUUUCCGGCGUAGAGCGAGAUGUCGUCGCCAGCCUAGUCAAAUAUGAGAGUGGCUCGAGAAUGAGUGCAUCCGAGGUGCUCAAGCAUGCCUACUUUUCGUCUGCAGAAUAGGUUUCUGAGUUUAUGUUGGGGAUAAUUCGCGUCAGGACACAACUUGAGGCGCGGGGCGAUUCCGCACGCACCGAAUAGCCUGACACAUGCAUAACUUAAUUUGUAAAUAUUAGUGAAAUAGUGAUAUAACCAUUUUUGCCAGUGAUGCACUGGCCGAGUAAUUGC